UUCAAAACAUUGCAAGAAAAUUUUUGAUUUUUAAUUGAAUUUCAUCUUAAAAAACCAUAAAAAUCACAUAAAAGUUGAAAAAUCAUCUAAAAAAUGGGAAAAACAUCAAAAGACAAACGCGAUAUCUAUUACCGACUUGCCAAAGAGGAAGGAUGGCGUGCUCGAAGUGCAUUCAAACUCCUUCACAUCGACGAGGUCUUCAAUAUUUUCGCCGGAGUAACGCGUUGUGUGGAUCUCUGUGCCGCUCCCGGGUCAUGGAGUCAAGUCUUGUCGAAGAAAUUGUACGAAAAUAAUCCAGAUGACGUCAAAAUUAUCGCUGUCGAUCUUCAACCCAUGGCUCCGCUUCAAGGUGUCAUCCAAAUUCAAGGCGAUAUCACGAAACUCAGCACGGCAGAAUCGAUUAUCAGUCAUUUUGGCGACGGACAAAAGGCACAAUUGGUCGUUUGCGAUGGAGCUCCCGAUGUUACGGGCUUGCAUGACAUCGACGAAUACAUUCAAUCGCAACUUUUACUCGCCGCUUUGAACAUUUCGACACAUGUGCUUGUCAAUGGAGGCACGUUUGUCGCGAAAAUCUUCCGUGGAAAGGACACGACGUUACUUUACUCGCAAUUGAAGAUAUUUUUCGAAAAAGUUUCCAUCGCCAAGCCGGCAAGUUCGAGAAAUUCCAGCAUUGAAGCGUUCGUCGUGUGUCAAAAUUAUCAACCGCCCGACGGAUACAAGCCGCAAAUGAUAAAUCCGAUGUCAAUUGACGACAUUGAGAUCAUCGAAUCGGAUUCGCCAGUCAAUAAAGUGAUUGUUCCUUUUAUUGUUUGUGGAGAUUUGCGGGGAUAUGACUCGGAUAUGUCCUACAGUUUGAACUUGGAUUGCGAUAAAAAGUACGAAUUUAAGGAAGUUGUGCAAAAACCAAUUAAUCCGGCGUAUUCUGAAGUGUUGGAGAAGAUGAAGACAGUUUCUUUGAAACAUGGAUCGAUUUGUGUGGAUGAAGCUGCGACACCAACGACGAAUAAUGGAUAAAUUUUGACACAUUUUAAUAAAACUAAAAAUAAUUUUAAAUGUUUUUUGUUGAGUUUUUUUUUCUUGUUACAUCAAAUAUAGACCCAACAACAUG